GACUGUAGUCUGAACAGCCAAUCGGCCAAUUCCAUCGCACCGUCGCAGCUAGGAAUGGCCGAACUCUUCUUCCUUCUUCCUUACUAGAUCUUCGGCUAGUAGGGCUCGAUCCCGAACAACGCUCCGCCGCCUCCCCAACUUAGAUCAUCUCCUCCGUCCCAGCGAACUCCUUGACAUGGCGUUUAGACUUCCAAUACGGUGGCACCGCCCUCGGCGUAAAUAAAGCCGACCCAAGCUUUCGGCGACCGAGACAUCGGGCAAAGAAAGGCCCACCGCAGACUCGCAGCCCGCGGAGGCACAGAGGCCAGAGCUACAGUGAAGCUACUUUCUUCGCCAGUUCCCCGUAGAACUUAAAACUGAAAAGACGUAGGAACUGUAGCCAAUCGGCCAAUCCCAUCGCACUGUCGCAGCCAGGAACGACCGAACUCUUCUUCCUUCUUCCUUCGCCAUUCCCCCGGCCAGUGGGGCCCGAUCCCGAACAGCGCUUCGCCGCUUCCCCAACCCGGAUCAUCUCCUCCGGGCCAGCGAACUCCCUGGCGCGGCGUCCAGGCUUCCAGCACGGCGGUACCGCCCUCGGCGUAGACCCGGGUCCUGGGCCCGACAUCGCGGAAGCCGAUAUCCCCGGAGCCGGCGGCCGGCGCUGAAGGCGAACUGCCUUUUCUGCUUCAAAUCGAGCGCGGAGGCCCCGGCCUCAUCCCCUCACUCACUGCUUUUGGAAUGAGCUUCGCAGACUCUGUCGACUUAUGCAGUGAUGAAGAAACGGAAGUCAAAUAUGUUGAUCCUGGUAUGAGAUCAAGUUUAGUUCAAAAGAAAGAGAGGCCUGAAAUUACAAAUAAUCAUCCAGAGAUUGAAGAAUUUGCUACUGUGCAAGGACUUGAGUUAAUAAGUUCAAAUCGAGUCCCAAAUGGCUCCUGCAGAACAGACCAAGGGUGUUUAUCCACUUUUUGCUAUCUGCCUGAGCUGCCUGACUCGGUGCCACUUUGCCGUUGGUUCUGGAAAGCUGGAGACUCUGUAACUGGAGCAACUCCUGAACCAAUUUCUAUAGUUCAUGUAGGUGUCCAAGAUCGUUUGCGUGUACAUCCUAAAUUUCUUCACUCAAAUGCCACUUCGCAUAAAUGGGCUUUUGGUGCCAUAGCAGAAUUGCUUGAUAAUGCAGUUGAUGAGGUACAAAAUGGAGCUACCUUUGUUAGAGUAGAUAAGAUCACCAAUACACGAGAUGGAAAUCAUGCCUUGCUGAUUCAAGAUGAUGGAGGUGGAAUGGAUCCAGAAUCUUUGAGGCGUUGCAUGAGCUUUGGAUUUUCAGAUAAACGAUCAGAGUCAUCAAUUGGACAGUAUGGAAAUGGUUUCAAGACCAGCACGAUGAGGCUUGGGGCAGAUGUCGUUGUUUUGAGCCGCUGCAUGAACAGAAGGACAUUAACUCAAAGUGUUGGGCUUCUUUCUUACACCUUUCUGAGACAAACUGGUUGUGAUGAUAUAGUAGUACCAAUGGUGGACUACGAGUUUAAUCCAUCGACUGGUGUUUUUCAAAGUUUAAUCCGCCAUAGUGAAAAACAAUUUUCUUCUAAUCUGUCUACUCUUUUGAGAUGGUCUCCCUUUGCCACUGAAGUUGGACUGUUGAACCAGUUUAAUGACUUGGGGCAUCAUGGAACAAAAAUUAUCAUGUUCAAUCUAUGGCUCAAUGAUGAUGGGGACGUGGAGCUUGAUUUUGAUUCUGAUGCAGAGGAUAUUAUGAUUAGUGGAGCAUCUAAAAUAGGGCAAAGGAAGAGUAUAAACCAAAAGCAUAUUGCAAAUCAACUUCGUUAUUCUCUUCGAGUAUACACGUCUAUAUUAUAUUUGCAUUUGCCAGAAAGUUUUAAGAUAAUUUUGCGUGGGCGAGUUGUUGACCCGCACUACAUAGUUAAUGAUCUGAAAUUUCGUGAAUGCAUCAGAUAUAAGCCACAGGUUGCAGAAAACAUGGAGGCCAAGGUCAUCACCACCAUUGGAUUCUUGGAUGGUGCUCCAGACCUCAAUAUUCAUGGGUUCAAUGUCUACCACAAAAAUCGUCUUAUAUUGCCCUUUUGUCCUGUGCUUUCUGAUCGUAAAGGCAGAGGUGUUGCUGGAGUACUUGAGGCGAAUUUUUUAAAACCUACACACGAUAAGCAAGAUUUUGAGAAAUCAACCCUUUAUUACAAACUUGAAACCCGCUUAAAAGACAUGACUUUGGAGUAUUGGGACUAUCAUUGCCAUCUGGUUGGUUAUUCAUGCAAGAAAGCCCCUCGGACGGUGGUUCCAACUGCUGAUCCUGCUCAUCAGCUACAUCAUUCGGGAACAUGUAAUGGAGUAAUGGUGAAUGAUGGUGUUCCAGCUCCUUUUCACCAGUUUCUCUGUACAGAAACUCUUAGUGGUGUAGUACCACCAGUUACACUAAAACCUGGCUCCUCCAAGGCUGAUAUUUCAGGAUCUGCUUCUGUUACUGGAGUACGAGACCCUACAGGACUACCUGGUAAAAGGAGACAAGAGAAUUAUAUCACAGUGACAGAAGCACUGAAAAGGCAGGCCGUGUCUGGUGGAAAUUCAGCUGGACUUAAAAGCAAUGACAAGAUGCAGGUGCAGCGUUUACAUGGUGACAAACAGAGGCAAGUGCAAGAAAUCAUAACGAUGAUGCUAGAGAACAAGAAAUUACGAGCACAGUGCGCUGAAUAUGAAAUGGCUGAGACACUACUUUUGCAUAAGGCAUGGAGGCUUAGUGAUGAGCUUCAAGAUGUUCAAGAGGUCUACAAAAAUCUAGCGGCUGAGCUCAAAGCAAUGGAUGAUUUCAAGAUGUCGGGCUGUACAAGGUAGCUCAAGUGAGAAAAAGGAGGUGAAGUAUGGUCAUCAGCCCUAUGGUCCCAAAGAAAAAAAGGUAUCAUCAUCAGCCCAGAGUGGCAUAUUGUAUAUCACCCUUCAAUUUUUGCUGUAGUUUGUUGUAAAGGCGUGUAGGUUAUCUGUAGACAUAGCUGGUGCACAAAGUGGAAGUGUCUCCAUGGGCCUUUCAAAUGGAAACAAGGUGAUGUAAAGAUGUAAUCUCGAUGGGGUGCUAAAAUGUAGAUGAGGUUGUCUGUAGAAAAAUUCAUUGUGUAGACAGGUAAUUGGUCUUUGGGAUGGAAGGAAGUGCAAGGAUUGUAGUCUCGAUCACUGUGAUGUCUUUUUGUGAUCUGUUUUUUUUUUUCCAAACAUGCACAGGCUUGAAACUAUGGUCAAGAAAAAAAAUUUCUA